UGCAAAUCAAUGAAGCCAGUCAAACAAACGGGGCUGGGCAAUCGAAGUUGGGACAAUUUACGGAGGUUUCUGUUGCCGGAUAGUCGACGACAAUAGGGAUAUGUAUACAACUAAUAUGUAUAGAAUCCUAUUUUUGUGUCCUUUAGCGGAGUAAGGAGGAUUUCCAUGUCAGAUAAUUUUCUACUUAUACGAGGAGUUUGAUGUAUUUCGCCAGACAAUUGUAGCUUUACUGAGAAAAACUACCCUCCCUAUUCGAACUGAGGAUGAUUUUUGCUAAUACUGGAAACCCACUAAGGACUCCGUAUCGCAAACAGCCACUUGUUGCCUCAUCAUCACACCCAAUGGCUCCACCCAGCCCGAGUACUAACAGCACCAACAACAGCAGCAGCGGUAGCACUGCAGGCUGGGACCAGCUCAGCAAAACAAACCUCUACAUUCGAGGCCUGUCCCCUUCAACCACAGACCAUGACCUGGUCAAGCUCUGUCAGCCGUAUGGCAAAAUUGUAUCAACAAAGGCCAUCCUGGACAAGGCUACAAACAAAUGUAAAGGAUAUGGCUUUGUGGACUUUGACAGCCCCACUGCAGCUCAGAAAGCUGUGGCUGCCCUAAAGACCACUGGUGUCCAGGCUCAGAUGGCAAAGAUGGCAGUUGGCACGCCCCCAGUUUGGAGAAGCAGACAGGAGUACCAGCAACAACAGGAACAAGACCCAACAAACUUGUACAUCUCCAACCUGCCUUUGUCUAUGGAUGAACAGGAACUGGAGAACAUGUUAAAGCACUUUGGCCAGGUCAUAUCCACACGCAUCUUGAGGGACUCCAGUGGCGGCAGCAGAGGAGUGGGCUUUGCAAGGAUGGAGUCAACUGAAAAAUGUGAUGCAGUCAUUUCUCACUUCAACGGAAAGUUUAUUAAGACACCUGCAGGUGUUCCAGCACCCCCUGAACCCUUGCUGUGCAAGUUUGCUGAUGGUGGACAGAAAAAGAGACAAAGUCUGAAUAAAUUUGCCCAGAAUGGUCGGGGUUGGGGAAGGGACGGUGACUCCAGACUGGCUGGAAUGACACUCACAUAUGACCCCAGUGCAGCUGCUAUGCAAAAUGGAUUUUUCCCAACAGCAUACAGUAUUUCAAACAGGAUGAUAGCUCACACGUCUCCUUACAUGUCUCCAGUUUCAACAUACCAGGUGCAGAACCCAUCCUGGGUGCCUCAUCAACCCUACAUCAUGCAGCACCCAGGUACAGUGAUAUCGCCCUCUAUGGACCCAUCUAUGUCACUACAGCCCACUUCAAUGAUGGCCCCACUUACACAGCAGAUGGGUCACCUCUCGCUGGGCAGUGCAGGAACGUUUAUGGCUGCUAACACAGCUAUGCAAGGAGCAUAUAUCCCACAAUAUGCACACAUGCAGACAUCAACUGUUCCUGUAGAGGAAAAUGGUGCACAGUCACAAGUGGACUCAUCUGGCAAUCAUUCCCCGUAUUCCUACCAACAAACCAAGUAGCGCUGAGGUAACAUUUGGACAACAGCUAAAACAAUCCUGUCUACAAAUGCAAUGGAUGCUAAGGAUCUUUUCACUGUUUUGCACAGGUUCUGCAAAUGUUUAAGUGAGACUAUUUUUGGUAUCAUUUUCCGAGAGAAUAUCUGAGUUCAUCAAAUGAUUCAAAUUAUAUUUAAAAGAAAGUUUUGAAAAAGUUUUAUUUUCAUACUAGAAAACGUUUAUUUUUUACCAAGGAUUGCUACAGGAUACAAGAAAGAAUCAUGUGACUAGUUGUUCAAAGUGCAUGAUAGUAAAUGUCUUUUGUUAAUAUUUUCAGAUUUCUUUUUUCUUUUCUUUUUCUGAAGAUUUUUUUCAGCCAGACUUUUUGCAAAUGAUGUAUUUGUGCUUGCUGUGUGAGUGUUGCUAUGGUGAAGUGUUAAGUGUUGUUUUCUUGUAAAGUAAUUUCUCUUAGUACUUUAGAUUGAUCUUGCUGUCUGAUUAAAAAUUUUGCCUUCAUAGUUUUGAUACAGUAGUUGUACAGACCACCACAGAGAGCGGCAAUAAGCUACAAAUUUUGAGAGCUAUUGCCAUGGAAAUGAGCUAUGUAGGAGUUUUUUUUAAUGAAAUCAAUGUGUUAUUGCUUCCCCCCUCCCAAAAACUCAUAGAAAAGUAGAAGAAAUCUUAGAGAAAAUGUUUUGAAUGAAAUGACUCCACAUUUCUGAUGAUUUUAUCGGAUGUAAUAUUUAUUUAGUAAGAAGACCUUACAUGUUUUUGGAUGUUGGAAUGUGUUAGAAAUUUUGCUGAAAGGUCAACUUUUGAAUCUUGCCUUUUUGAUUACUUGGUAUUGUAGAAUAGCCAAAAUUGAACUUGGUCGGGUGGGGGAAUAAGAAGGGGCUAAAUGCAUUUUGUUUGUUGAUCGUGUUUUUGUCUUUUUGGGUGAUGUUAAUUGUUAUUUUGAUGGGGUGUGUCUUUUUCACUUUUAUUUGAAAAACUAACAGGAAAACAUAGACUUAUGAUUGUGCAAAAAAAAAAAAAAACGCAUCAAAGCCUUGUAAUAGAACUUAGGCAAAAGUUCAGUGAGUUGGGGGGUAAAACAAGAUGAAUAUGUAUAUUUUAUUGCACCUCGCUCUUUGAUAGGAAACAAACAAACUUGGCACUUUCAGUUGUAGUUUACUUCACCAAAGAUUGUGAGCUAGUACACUGAGGAAAUAGCAUCAUUUGACUCUUUAACCAGGACAUAAGUGACUCUGCAAACUAGAUUGCAGUUUGGACAGUGUGCCUUUUUUGUAUAUCUUAUGCAGUCGUCAUAGGUAUUAGUACAACGCGGACACACACACAAGCAUGAAGGAAGGCCUGGGUCCAACAAGUGCCACAGAUGAAUUUCAUACUUGCGACAUUAUAGUAAAGAUGAGUUAACUAUGAAAGGACAGUGCUACACUAGCAAUCUCAUAUGACAUAGCACUAAAAGAAAACAAUGUGUCUGAUUAUUUUUAUUAUCAUAGUGGAUUUAAGCAGGCUUUUUGAUUCUGGUGUCCUAUAAUAAGAUUCGACCUGGUGGUCAGCCAGACCAGUUAUCUACCUCAGAGUUUUCUUUCUCCUCUGUACUAGGUCGGGUUAGCAGGUCCAGCCCGCCCUUCCAGACCAAAUGCCACGCUCAGGAGCUGGCCACAUACAGCUGUUCCUUAUAGGUUGUUUUGAAUACUUUUUGAUUUUCUUCAAACCUUUUUUUUUUUUUUAUGAUGUAUUGUUGUAAUCAUCACAGGGGGUGUGACAACACGUUUCUACUGGUGUUCACACAUUCAGUUUCAUACUUUUUAAAAGAGCUGCUGCUUUUAUGGCAAUAGAUUUCAGAGGCUGAUCUAAGAUGUUAAAGACCAACGAUGACAACAAAGCUUGUGUUGUGUUCACUGGAUCUGUCCUUUUAACUAACAUGUUUGUUGCUUUGUCUUGGGUCUAGAUAAAGUCACAGCAGCAUUUCCUCUGUAGUUAGCUAGGGUGUGCAACACAUGUAAAGGGCCACCAUGAUUAUACUUGAGAUUUCUGUGUAAUGCCUGAGACUGAGAAGUAAUACUGUCUUGUGAGGUUUAUGCUGCUAGUGGUGUCUGAACCGAGUGCCAUAGUAUCUGGUCAAGAGUUGCAGAGGUGCAUCAAAAAUAAAUUUAAAACAACCACCAUGUUGAACAGUCAUUAAGUUAUAUGAAAAUGUUCUAAUUUAUGAAGAUUUUUGUACAGACAGCUUGAGGAAGUAAGAGAUUUUCAUAGAGCUAUAUGAAAGUUUAUCGUUUUUAUUUUUUUUACUCGUGCCACACAAUUGCCAGUGGUAACUUGUAUGUAAAGUUUAAGGAAUCUUUCCUCUGUUUUCUUGUUUUGUAGUGUUUGUUAAAGCCAAAGACUUUUUUUUUUCAGUAGAUUGUUUCCGAAAGUUUAUUCUUUUCAUUUCUUUGACAUUUUUGAAUAAAAAAUUUCAACUUUUAA